UGGGCGCAGAGCUCGGUGCCGAGGGCUCCCGCACCGCCGCCGCCGCCGCCGCCGCCGCCAGCCGCUACCAGCACAGCCGCGAGCAGCCGAGCCUCCGCGGGACCCGCCGCCGCGCGCAGCGCCGCAAGCCGGGCCCCCCGCAGCCCCGCGUCGGCCCCGAGGGGACUUCGCCGCCUCUGCCUCCCGCCCGGCCGGGCAGCGCCGCAACCUGCGAGCAGAUGGAGCUGGACCGCAGGACGACCGGCGGCCUCCACGCCUACCCCGGGCCCCGCGGCGGGCCGGCGGCCAAGCCCAACGUGAUCCUGCAGAUCGGUAAGUGCCGGGCGGAGAUGCUGGAGCACGUGCGCAGGACCCACCGGCACCUGCUGACCGAGGUGUCCAAGCAGGUGGAGCGGGAGCUGAAGGGGCUGCACCGGUCGGUGGGCAAGCUGGAGAGCAACCUGGACGGGUACGUGCCCACCGGCGACUCCCAGCGCUGGAAGAAGUCUAUCAAGGCCUGCCUGUGCCGCUGCCAGGAGACCAUCGCCAACCUGGAGCGCUGGGUCAAGCGGGAGAUGCACGUGUGGCGGGAGGUCUUCUACCGGCUGGAGAGGUGGGCCGACCGCCUGGAAUCCAUGGGCGGCAAGUACCCGGUGGGCAGCGACUCCGCCCGCCACACCGUCUCUGUGGGCGUCGGGGGUCCCGAGGGCUACGGCCAGGAGACUGACCCCUACGACUACACGGUCAGCCCCUAUGCCAUCACCCCCCCACCGGCCGCAGGCGAGCUGCCCGGGCAGGAGGCAGUGGAGGCCCAGCAGUACCCACCCUGGGGGCCGGGAGAGGACGGGCAGUCGAGCCCUGGCGUGGACACGCAGAUCUUUGAGGACCCUCGGGAGUUCCUCAGCCACCUGGAGGAGUACCUGCGCCAGGUGGGUGGCUCCGAGGAGUACUGGCUGUCACAGAUCCAGAACCACAUGAACGGGCCGGCCAAGAAGUGGUGGGAGUUCAAGCAGGGCUCGGUGAAGAACUGGGUGGAGUUCAAGAAGGAAUUCCUGCAGUACAGCGAGGGCACGCUGUCGCGAGAGGCCAUCCAGCGUGAGCUGGACCUGCCGCAGAAGCAGGGGGAGCCCCUGGACCAGUUCCUGUGGCGCAAGCGGGACCUGUACCAGACGCUGUACGUGGACGCCGAGGAGGAGGAGAUCAUCCAGUACGUGGUGGGCACCCUGCAGCCCAAGCUCAAGCGCUUCCUGCGGCCCCCGCUGCCCAAGACCCUGGAGCAGCUCAUCCAGAAGGGCAUGGAGGUGCAGGACGGCCUGGAGCAGGCGGCCGAGCCCGCCGGCCCCCGCCUGCCCGCCGAGGAGGAGAACGAGGCCCUCACGCCGGCCCUCACCAGCGAGUCCGUAGCCAGUGACCGGACCCAGCCCGAAUAGAGGGCACGGGUCUGCCCGCCGUGGCCUUUGCCCACCGGGACUUUCGAGCGGGCUGACCCCUGCAGGGGGAGCCCUCGUCCUCGUGCAGCUGGACUCCCACCUCAGCCUCCUCGCCUGACCUGAACAGACACGCGUGAUCCAGGGUGGGCAGUGCCCCCCAAACAGCCACGGGGCUCCCCUUCCCUGCCAGAGCCCUGCCCCUCACCCUCCGUCUGUCUGUCUUCCCGGGAUGGGCCAGCCUGAGCCAGUGACCACACCCUCCCUACACUCAGGCCGUGACAGCUUCCUCGUCCCGCGCAACGCCCGGCUCCUCUGGGCACUCAGAAACACAGUGUCCAGGCACGGGCCAACGGGUACCGAGUUCAAGGGACACUCCAAAGCAGAAACUCAGGCAGAACCAGUGCCCCAGGAGCCUGGGCUUCUGGGAAGCCCCUUCUCCUGGCAGUCGCCCCGCCGCCGGCUGGCACCCCUGCCGCCGCCCAGGGCAGCUGGCCAGCCUCGGGCAGUGUGGCUCCCUCCCCCCGGAGGAGAGCUGAAGCCGAACAUGCCGCAGCAGCAGCAGCAGUGGCAGCAACAGACCUGGCGUCCUGGUGCCUCCUGGCCCCUCAGCAGCAGUGAUUCACGCCAGCCUGGAGAGGGACCGAGCCUCGCUCGAUGACUCACCCGUGGCAGGCGGAAGGUCCCAAGGGGCCCGAGUCCUCAAAGGUGGCUGAGGCAGCAGCCGGCCUUCGGAGCCAGGAGAGUGACAACAGGUCUCAAGGCUCUUGUGGAGCCUCUGCUGCUGUGUCUGGCACUGCCCCCCUCCUCUCCCCCUGCAAGCUGCCUGCACGAGAGGAGACGUCUGAGGCCAGCGAGAGGAGGGGGCCUGGCAGAGAGCGGGUGCUGAAGACAGGCCAGCGUGAGGGCCAGGGCCUGCCACUAUGCCCGCCCCGCUGGCCGCCCACCCGCCCGCCCGCCCCCAGGGCCGCCACCCCAGGCCCGGCCUCGCUUCAGCCCAGGAACCCCUGCCCACUGCCUGGCCAUCCUCUCCUGCCAGAGCUUUCCACGAGGCCUGGGGCUGAGGCCACAGUCCCUGUCCCUGUCUGGUGGCCCCAAGCCCAGCCCCAGGAGACCCGGAAGCCUUUGCACCUGGGGCUCAUGUGGGCUCCAUGCCAGGCCCUGCGGUUGCCCAGGGCCGGACCCCCACCUCCCCGGCACCUACACCCUGGUGCUGGCUGGCUGCUCGUGUCUGCAGCCCGAGCAGACCUGGUUGGGGGCUCCCCUGUCUGCCCAUCUGUUGAGGGGUUCCCAGCUUCAGGGGACUGCACCUGCAGGUAACUCUGCCAGCCCCUCCGUCCCGUGCCCUGCCAGCCCCCCGGUUUUAUUUUUGCACAUAAGCCAUCGCUCACACUCCCAGGCGGCCGCAGGCUGCAGGGAGGCCCCAGGGUCCUCCAGAGCGUGUGGCCAGCUCCC